UGGCUUUGGAAAGACUCGCAAAACUGCGCGUAGCGUCGGGGAAAGUGAGGUUAGGUUAGUGCCUGCAUCGACCGGUAGGGCCAGCUCGUCCGCGGGACGUUGUUUGUACUCCCGCGACGUUAAACCUGAGAAAAACGGACGAAAGGGGGACCAUUCCUUGGGAUUUCGAAAGUUCUCGUUGAUUUUCAGCCCGGGACGGUUUGUUGAAGUGUACACGGACCGCAGCGAGCGGCGGGAAACGGUGCACGACGCGCUCGGUGAUUCUAACCUCGAAAUCCGGAACAUCCAGAAGGCGGCUCCAUUGUUAGGUCCUCAUGCGUUGAGUGGAAGAUUCGCUCAUUUCUUCUGGCCCUGUUCUAAAUUCUUGUCGAAACACGCGGAUUCAAUUAAGAAGAGAGAGGUUCUCGAUUGCAGAGGAAGAGGCUUUUAGUAGACUCAUUCGAGAUGGCUCAGGUUCAAGAAUAUAAGGACUCCCUUAAAGCUAAGGCCGAACAAUUAAUAAUAAAGGGAUUCCCCGAGAAAAUAGUGAAACUGAAUGAGCUUCUAGAGACGCCUGGCUUCUGUAACCGACAGCUGUCAGAUGUCCAUCAAGACCUGAACGUGCCCAUUCCACAGCCAAUAUUGCUGACAAAUUCCGAUGAUGGACCAAAAUCUAAGAAACUUAAAUUAGAAAACAGCACGGAUGAGAACUGCGGUACCAAAGUAAUGGUACUGCCAAAUGGACCCGUACCAUGCAACAAGCCGCUAUGUGAUUUGAUUCUUGUAGUGAAGCCACAUAUUAGAGAACUUUUGGAGGAUUCUAAUCUGUUGAAGAUGUGGAUCUCAUUUAUGAUCCCUAAGAUCGAGGAUGGUAAUAACUUUGGAGUGUCGAUUCAAGAGGAUACUCUUGCCGAAGUUCAGUCUGUCGAGAGUGAAGCUGCAGCCUUCUUUGAUCAAAUAUCUAGGUAUUUUAUCUCCAGAGGGAAAAUGAUCAGCAAGGUAGCGAAGUAUCCGCAUAUUCUAGACUACAGGCGAGCCGUCCAGGAGCUGGAUGAAAAGGAAUACGUCAGCCUAUGGCUUGUUAUCUGCGAGGUUCGCAAUCGAUACUGCUCUUUACACGAUAUUGUGAUAAAGAACUUGGAAAAAAUUAAGCGACCGCGAUCAUCCAACGCGGAAUCCUUGUACUAAGCCGGGAAACUGGUGCCCUAAUAACUGCAAACCGGAACAGAAAGACAUCGAUGAGUGCACACUUUUGCAGGGACACUUUCCAUCCGAGUAAAUCAAUUGAGUUAAUGUAUUACGGUGUCGCGACUUAUCACGAAUAAAAUCUCUUUGUGUCAAGAGAGUCCUUUCGGAUGUAGGAAACUUAUUUGGCUGUGACGAGUCACGACACUAUUAUCUACCUACUGAAUUAAUUUACUUGGAGGAAAGUUUCUUCAGAUGCCUGCCAGGAAGCAACAGGAAGAGUGCCAAGCGCCAAUAUGGAAAAUCGAAAAAAAUAAACGUUUAGGUAAUCGAACCAUCCGACUCCUCAUUCGUUAGUAGCUAAAAUCAAGGUUAGGAAUUGAGGCACUUGAAGUCAUCAACAGAAAGUACUACUAAAGACAUGGUACCUCCAGAGGAAGUUAAUAUGUAUUGCAAGAUGAACUAGAGGUUUUGUCAUACUUUUUUGAAGGAAACUCGAGUGGAAGGGAUUUGCUAUUUCAUGGAGUAUAAAAAGGUAUUUUACCCAAAGUAUUUCUUCCUUGUUCUCUGAGAUACUAUUCUGCCCAAGGUUCUGCCUAUGAUUAGAGGUUAUUUUACGUUUUGGGUGUACAGCACUCUGACAACUAUGAAACAAGAUAGCAAGAAUUUUAUUAGUACUUCUACAUGACAUUGGAAGUCCUCACUAAUAUAGGUGUACUGAACUCUGUUUAUUUAUAUUUGUAAGCUCUCACUGGAGCCCACAGUUAUUUAUUACUUUUCUAUUAGCUGUAUCAAGGGACCUAAACAAGACCCGAAGGUAAUUGGUA